GUGCAGUGGCAGCCGCAGCGCAGCGCAUGCAGAUGCAAGGUUUCCGUUUCUGCCCACGCCAAAGCGGCCAACAAAAAGCGCGACGUCUCCUGCAGUUGCUGCUCUUCCAUUCCACCUCGCAUUUACUCAUCCCUUCUCUCCCUCGCUCGCUCGCCUCCUCGCCUUCUUCUCCAUCUCCAUCUCGCAUCUUCUCUUUCUCUUUCUCUUUCUCUUUAUCUCUCUCUGUUGCUGCUGAUCAAGAAGCUUGGAGAGAGGGAGGGAGAGAUGGAUCGGUGCAUAGGCAUAUGACUGGAGUGUAGGCCUAUGGUAAGUGUGGAGGAGAGGAGAGAAAGGGAGAUGGAGAUUUUCUGAGAUCUUUUGGGCAUAUAACCUUUUGGAUGGUGGAUAUGGAGAAGAAGAGGGAGAAGCUGGUGGCUGGGCUCACAAGAAGACACAUGAUAAGGAGUGGCUCCUCCUCUUCCUCCUCUCCUACUGCUGCUGCUGCUGCUGCUGACAACAACAAAAAUAUGAGUGAAGGUGGAGAUCUAAACCUGAUAUCUAGGCAGAAGAAAGGAAAGGCAAAGGUUUUGAAGUGGAGAUUAAGCAACACUGACAUGGACAUGAAAGGGGAGGAAGGAGGUUCUGAUGGAGACUACGAUGAUACAGUGCUCUCCUCACUGACCACAGCUAGCUUCAGCAGUCUGAUUAGUAGGAAGAGAGUGAAGAGCCUUGGGAAGGUGGCUGAGGAUUGUGAUGCUAUUGAUCCACCGGUUCCUAGAAAAUUAAGAUCAGCCAUAAAUAAACGUGCCAGUCAAACUGUUUCUACAUCACCGCGGCAUGUCAAGAAGAGGCGCCAUCUUUCAGCUAUCAGCUCUCAGACUUUCCUUAUGGAUCGAGAAACAAGAUGUAAUGCAAUUCCGCAGUUGGCGAAUCAUUUUUCGAAGGAGGAGGAGGUAGUUGUGGAUGCUUUGCUAUCUUUAUCUCAAAUACCCCAUCUUUGUGAACUGUCGUCCGACAGAGGAAUGGCAGAAGAUAACUUAGAUUUAAAUGUUACUUCAGUGUCUUAUUCAGCAGGAGCAACAAAGGUGGAUGAGAAAAUAUCGGCAUUGCCAACUGCCGGUACGGAAGUAGCUAACCAACCUGCCCUUGAUGAACCAGUGGAACGAACUGGCAAUGUUUCACAAAUAAAUCAUGUGCCUUGUGGUGGUACCUGCAACAACACAAAUCCAACUUUGUCAAAUGAUGGGCAAAUACAUGAUAUUUCUUUGGGAAUUGUAACGAAUUUACCGAGCCCAUCUAAAGACUACAAUAACAGUCGGAAGCAACUGAAAGUGCAGUUUGAUAAUAGUACAAUUCAUCCCACAAAGAUAGAAGCCCCUCGGUGCCUGGAAAAUUCUAAGAAGCCUGAUAUUCUGGAACAUGACAGGAAAAAUGUCAAGAAUAACACUGCCCAAGAAAUUGUGCCACCGGUCCAGACUUCAAAACCUUGUGCCUCGCAUAGGCCAUCUUCAAACACACUGGCGUCGUGUAAUAAUACUGCCGCAGAAACUGUGAAAGGAACUGGAGAACAUGAGAAUCUUUCCCUCGUUAAUAAAAAUGGUACCCCCUCGAAGACAUGGAAGAGAAGCAUUACCCAUGUCUACAUGUGUCAUCUCAUCCAAAUGCAUUUGGACAAAGAGAAGGCAUCACAAAACCGGGUAAAACCUGAGGAAGUUUGUCACAGUCACAUUUCAAGGUCUCCAGACGGUUCUACCAUAAGUAAGAAUGGUGCACAAGACGAGAAGUUCUACGCCUUGCAUUUCGAUGUAAGGCUACCUGUUCAGCCAUCUUGCAGUGUUUGCGACACGACCAUUGCCCGACAAAAGAUGGUCAGUGGUAAUUUUCUGAACUUGCCCACUUCUGCGGCGUUAUCAGGGGUGCAGCAUGUUCAGUAUUUACAUCCCCCGAUCGCUCCCCGCGGUGCAAUGCCAUAUCCAAUUCAGCAUCUCCCUUACACCAGGGGGAAUUUGACGCACACUGCACUACUACUUCAACAGUUUGUUUCUUGGCCAUCGAGUAGCAGAUGCCACAGUACAUGUGCAAUCCAAACCCAGCCAUUAUGAAGAUUCAGCAGCAGCUCAUGCCCAAUCAGCAUCAGCAUCAGCAGCAGCAGCAGAUGUGGCAGUUUCAAUUCCCUCAAUACCAUCAUCCAAGGCCAGACGCCGCCGCCGCCGCCGUGUCGGCGGCGUGGCAGCACAGCAGCCGGCUCCACGACGUCUCUUCCCUGCGUCCGGUGGCCGUGCUGCCUGCGCCGCCGCCGCCACCGCCGCCGCAGAUGGAGCUCUUCUGCUCGCCGUACCAUGGCGGCAGCAGACAGCCGCCGCAGCUGAGGUUGAUCUAGCUUAUUAGCAUAGCAAAACUGUCACUGCUGCUGUUUCUGUGUGUUCAUCUGACAAAAAGGAAUUUUCAGACAAGUUGACAUGACAUUUGACAGUCACAGAUGCCAAUGGGUGGCAAAAAGCUGUAAUUAAUUUGAGAUGUUUUAUGUUGCUCGAUCGAAAGGUACUCGAGUGUAGUGAAGUACUUUUUUUA